CAGGGUGGGGGGAGAGUUGGGGUGGCCUGGGGCUCCUCCCUGCCAGAGCCCUGGCCGCCCUAUCUCCACGACCCACCCUGUUCUGUAGAACCCCUGGGGGCUAAGUGGCAGGAGCCCCGGGGGUGUCCCGUCUGGGUCUGGCUGGCUGGGUCACUCACCUCUGUGCUCUGCUUCCUCCCCUGCAGGUCAUGCGGAUCAAGCCUCACCAAAGCCAGCACACAGAGAUGAGCUUCUUACAGCACAACACCUGUGAAUGCCGGGACUGGAAAAACCAAACCAAACCAGUGUUAAAAUCAGUUCGAGGAAAGGGAAAGGGGCAAAAACGAAAGCGCAAGAAAUCCCGGUAUAAAUCCUGGAGCGUUCCCUGUGGGCCUUGCUCAGAGCGGAGAAAGCAUUUGUUUGUACAAGAUCCGCAGACGUGUAAAUGUUCCUGCAAAAACACAGACUCGCGUUGCAAGGCGAGGCAGCUUGAGUUAAACGAACGUACUUGCAGGUGUGACAAGCCCAGGCGGUGA